GCAAUGCAGCUGAAUCAUUCGGCAAUUGCAAAACAGGGGAAAGUCGGGCUGCAAAGAAGUAUUUAAAAUGCUGUGUUGCUGUCAGAAAGCUUUGCUAUCAUGCACAUGCUAACUUUUGAUUUUAUCUCCCUACUGUUUUAUCCCCACAGUAUAAAUGAUAGUUUCUUUGCUUAUGUAAUGACCAUAAAAUUUUAUGCAUACUGCUUUCCUCAUAGAUCUUUUGCUUUCAGCGCGAGCAGUGAAUUCAAGUAGCAAAGGAGGUCACAACAGCCAAAGCUUUUGCUACCUGUUUCUUUAGAGGAUAUCUUGGCUGAAAGGAUACUUAAGGGACGAUUCUCUCUGAUACCUGUAUCUCAAAAGAAGUGAGGACUGGAAUUCUGGAAGAAGGAGCUGUCGCUGGUACAAUCACUUUACAAUUUACAGAAAAGGCAGAGAACAGGUCAAUGACCAAGGAGCAAUUAUCUACUGAAGACAGAUUUUUUUCAUUAUGUUAUUCGUGAGCACCCAGAACACUGCACUAUAAUGCACAAAUGGAUAUUGACAUGGAUCCUGCCAACUUUGCUCUACAGACCAUAUCUUUACAUUCUCUUUCUCGUGAGUGCGAUAUCAUUCGCUUGCAAUGACAUGACCCCAGAGCAAAUGGCUACAAAUGUGAACUGUUCCUCCCCUGAACGACAUACCAGAAGUUAUGAUUAUAUGGAAGGGGGCAAUGUAAGAGUGAGAAGGCUUUUCUGUCGAACAAAAUGGUAUAUCAAGAUUGACAGGCGGGGGAAAAUCAAAGGAGUACAAGAGAUUAACAGCAACUACAGCAUUCUGGAACUAAGAACAGUGGCGGUUGGAAUCGUGGCGAUCAAAGGAGUGGCAAGUGACUACUUUCUCGCCAUGAACAAGUCUGGGAAACUCUAUGGAAAGAAAGUGUGCAAUGAGGACUGCAACUUCGUAGAAGUGAUUCAGGAAAACAAUUACAAUACAUAUGCCUCAGCAAAUUGGACACACAAAGGGAAGGAGAUGUAUAUUGCAUUCAGACACAACGGUGCCCCUAAGAAAGGUCUAAGAACAAGUAAAGAAGACGUUGCUUCCCAUUUCGUUCCAGUUCCAGCAUUCUAAUCAAUAUAUUUAUCUAUGGAAACCCAAUUCCAGCAAAACACAUUCACUUUUUAAAAGCGGGACAGUUGAGCAUGCAAGGAAGAAAAGCUGGAAUACUACUGAAAAACUGAACAAGCUGGACUUGCGCAUUGGUGUUUAUUUUUAAGAGACUGCCUUUAAAAAGAAAUUAAAAAUAUACACAAAAUCAGAUUUAGUAACUAAAAGUUGUAAAAAAUUGUAAAGAGUUGUACAAUCCUUGUUAGAAUAAGAGUAGCUUUGCAGAUUAAGUUAAAUUUACCCUUAAGCGUUAAGUCAUGACUUGAUUACGUGAUAUUUUAUUUAAAAUAAACCUAUCUGCUUAAUUAAACAUGGCUGCUAUAAUAAUAAUAAAGCAGAUGAAAACAUUGUGUACAAUAUGUCAGACUUGAUGGCUGCUGGAAUGAGUCGUCAGAUGAUCAAGUCAGUACUAAUAGUGGAGGCAGAGCAGUAUUAAAUACAUCCCAGGAAUAAUGUAUAAGUAUUAAAAAAAAAAAAAGUUGAAAUUGAAUUACUGUGGUAUUCAGAUAAUAAAGCUAGUAUGAAAGAUGAAGACUGCAAAAUGUUCAUAUGUAUUAGUAAGAAUGCCUAAUGCUGCUCUGAAAGAUGUUGCAAAAUAGUGUAUAUAAAAUAAUAUUAAUAAGGGAAUUGUACUUCAUCUCACUUUCCUCCAAAUAUCCUUUUAUAUAACGACGAAGUAAAAAUUCAGACAUCAUCAUAUGGUUUUUUAUGUAACAUAACCAAUCUUUUUAUAUAAUUCCUGUUAGGGCAUAUGGCUUCUAAUUCUCCCCGUUAUUCAUGCUUUCCCCCCUGUUGUUACAGCAUUAAACUUUAUUUUAAGUUAUA